AUUAUUCAACAUAUGGAAUAAUAAAAAGUAACGUUGAUUUGUCCAAAAUUUCGAAACAACACAACAGUACAUAAUUGCCAUUUACAUCAUUAAAUAGUUAAUGAAGGAUAGGAUAUAAAGUUUUUAAAAAUGAUUUCAUUAAAUCAGGAAAAUCUCUUUUGUAUAAAAAUAAGGUUACUUUACAAAUUUAAUCAUCUUUGAAAUAACUCUGCAAGAAUAUUAAUUUUUUGAUAAAUCUAAGAGAUGACAGAUCAGGAUCGAAUAAAACUUCUAUUUUUCAUCAUAAUCUGCAACAUCAAAUAUUUUUUAGACUGUAUAAUUACCAAACAUGUCUUUUGCUGCUUUUAAGCAUAUUUUUUUAACCUAAUAAAAAAUAAGUCUUUUCUGAUUAAGAUCAUUACC